AUGAAAUUAGGAAAAAGGAAGGUUGUGUUUUAUCUAUUUUUUGUACUAUGUACUGUUGUUAUUGCUUGGAACUUCUAUGUUACUAUUAAACGACCACAGAACGGUUAUAACAUUAACAAUCAAAUGCAUUUAAAGGCUUCUUUGCAAAAUCAUGAAUAUAAUGGUAACGUCUCAUCAGAGAGAAAUUACUCCAAUAGCACAGAACAACGUCGAAUAGAGUAUGGAAUACAAAUGGGUGGCGAACAAAUCAGAAUCAUUACCGAGACUCUACAGGAAAAGGGGAAUUUAUUGGUUUGGGGACUUGGAAACGACAGUCCAUACUGGCACAACAGUACAAAAGGAAAAGUCGUUUUUAUAGAAGAUGAUAUUCCUAAGCGGAAAGCAGGUAUAAUGUGGUACGAUAAAAUUGUAAAACAAUACUCAUUCCUGGAAGUCUACCGUGUACAUUAUACGACAAACACAGUCAAAUCAUUCAAGAAAUAUAUAAACAGUCCAGAAAUAUGGUUCGAGCUAGACUUGAGUAAUCAAUUACCAGCUUCUGUUACACAAACACACUGGCACGUGAUUAUCAUUGAUGCUCCUCUUGGUUGCUGUCAAAAGGGUCCAGGACGAUAUCAGUCAAUCUACACUUCGAGGGUACUCGGAAGCAAAGGUACACAUGUAUUUGUUGAUGACUUUGAACGUAAAGUAGAACAUGAAUUUUCCAUCAAAGUCUUUGGAAAACCAGUAGAGGUAAUACAAAGACGUUCUACAAAUGCUUCUCGUGCGAAUGAACAAGCACAUUUUAUUUUCAGUUCAUAUAACCAGACAGGAAUGGGACAACGUAAAAAAACAAAGCCAGAUAUUUUGAUUACACCAGUAUUGAACAUAGCCGAGAAUGUGAACAAUAAUUAG